CGUCAAGUUACGUACGUUAAUUAUUUUGUGGGUUUUAUUUUGUACGGGAUUGGAGAUAUAAUUGAUUUUAAUUAUUGAGUUUGCCACUAAAUUUACAGCGAGGAAUAAGGAUUAUACAGUCGAUAAUCGUGGAUAUAGUUCGCUAUGUUCAACUCUGAGUUAAACAGUGUGGAUGCAGGACGGUACACGAGUAACUCCAAAUCAAUACAAUUUGGGCCGUGGAAUAUAUCAUACGAUGUGAGCUGUAUAUUGCCAAGUGUAUGCUCUACAAAAGUCGUCUGCGAACGUGAUGAUGAUCAAUUUUGCCAGUUUUGUAUAUACACCAAGGAACUGAAAAUACCGCAUUUCCCUGACAUGGUGUUUCCUAGAAAUAUUCUAAAGUUGACACAUGAGAGUGGUGCAGGUAUAUGCUUCAACCCUCUUGAUUCUCUGAGAUGUGUGGCCAGCAGGAUGGAGGCCAUUGAGGUGGCUUGUGCAGAAGCUUGGCAGGAGGCAAGACCAGAAGCAGAGAAACCGAAGCGGCCAUUUGAUUGGACGUUCUCUACUGACUAUAAAGGAACUCUCACAGAUAAUAUUGUAGUCGAAAACACUGAUGAGCAUAUUAAUUUUGAAUUGUUGAAGCAAAAAGAACAAAUUCUCUUCUAUCAUGAUCUAACUUUAUUUGAGGAUGAAUUACAUGAUCAUGGUGUCUCGAAACUAUCUGUGAAAAUAAGAGUCAUGCCUUCAUAUUGGUAUGUGCUGCUAAGGUAUUUCUUGAGAGUGGAUGAUGUCCUGGUGAGGGCAAAUGAAACAAGGAUGUUCCAUCUGCUUAAUACUGACUAUGUCCUCAGAGAAUACACUGUGAAGGAGGCACAAGCCAAAGAUUUGAAUAUGCCUACAUCGCAUAUGAAAGAAGCUGAUGAUGUGAUACCAAUACUGCCAGUCAAACAAAAACUUACACAUAAAUUAAUUGUGAAUAUACCCUCAAAUUAGCCAGUAGUGGUUUGAUCUCUAUAAUUAUGAAAUAAAUUAAUGUUAAGAAUUAUAAAUGUUGUAAUAAAGUGCAAGUCAUAUUGGGUAGUA